AUUAAAACAGGGCCGGGCUUUUGCGGCCUUUUUGGCCUUUCGGGUUAGGUCUUAGGAUAGGUCCAUUUUUAUGAAGCGUGGUUUGAAGUGUUCAGUCUCAUAUUCAGACCCUAGCUACUUCCCUCCGGUUGCUCCAUUAAGCUAUAAUCAUGAGUAAGCUUCAGAGUGAGGCUGUGAGAGAAGCCAUCACUGGAAUUGCAAGUGAUGCCAAAGAGAAGAAUCGCAAGUUUACCGAGACAGUUGAGCUCCAGAUUGGGCUGAAGAAUUAUGAUCCUCAAAAGGACAAGCGUUUCAGUGGCUCUGUUAAGUUGCCACACAUCCCUCGUCCCAAGAUGAAGGUUUGCAUGCUUGGAGAUGCACAGCAUGUGGAAGAGGCUGAGAGGAUAGGAUUGCAAUGGAUGGAUGUAGAAGCUUUGAAGAAACUCAACAAGAACAAGAAGUUGGUUAAGAAGCUUGCAAAGAAGUAUCACGCUUUCCUUGCAUCUGAAGCUGUUAUUAAGCAGAUUCCCCGUUUGCUCGGUCCUGGUCUUAACAAGGCAGGUAAGUUUCCAACACUUGUCACCCACCAAGAGCCCCUUGAGAACAAAGUUAAUGAGAUCAAGGCAACCGUGAAGUUUCAGCUUAAGAAAGUUCUGUGCAUGGGAGUUGCUGUUGGUAACUUGAGUAUGGAAGAGAAGCAGAUUUUCCAAAAUGUGCAAAUGAGUGUUAACUUUCUGGUUUCACUGCUCAAGAAGAACUGGCAAAAUGUUCGGUGCUUAUACCUGAAGAGUUCCAUGGGAAAGCCAUACCGUAUCUUCUAAAUCAGUCCAUAUCACCAUCUUUUUGGCUGAAUUGCAUUUAGGAGUUGAAGUUUGUUGGCUACUGUGUACUAUUAGUACAAUCGUAAUUGGUGUGAGCUUUAAUAUACCAGGGAUGAUUAUCUUGAACGAUAUGGCUACAAAGUUUCUAGUUAGUUUUAUUGUUAUCGAUGACUUCAUUGUCAUAUACUUGUAUGGUAUUUUAUCCCUAUGGGGUAAUUUUGAAUUUUUGAGAGUGAUAUCCUUAGAGAAGAUUUUUGGCCA